AUGUUUGCAAAGGAAAAACUUAUAGUCAUUCAUUAUCUUGAGCAAUCUAAAAGUAUAUGUGCUGAUCUAUAUAUUGAAAAAUUAUAUCCUAGAAAAAAAGCCAAUUUUCCUGAGCUCGAAGAAGAUUUGGCAGCUUGGAUAAAAGAAACUCGAGACCAACGUAAUGCAGUAACCUGUAUGAUGGUUAUUCAAAAGGCAAAAAGUUUUGCUCAACAACCUAGAUUCCAAAUUUUGUAUCCUAAUAUAAACCAGUUUGGUUUUUCUCGUAAAUGUCUUGAUGCAUUUAUGUCUCAUUAUGAUCUUUCAAACAGGCGCAGAACUAAUAUUGCUCAAUAUCUUCCUGCGGAUCUAAUUGAAAAACAGCAAUGA